AUGUUUAAUGCCUUGAACGGUUUGGGAGGAGGAGGUCAAUUAGAUACUCAUGUCGCAUCAAAUGCAAAUGUAGCACUGUAUACUAUUUUCUCGGUUGGUGGUUUAUUUGCCGGUCCAAUUGUUAAUAAAUUUGGACCUUCAAAAUGUAUGGCCUUAGGUGGAAUAACUUAUGCACUAUAUUCUGGAUCUCUUUUAUAUUAUAAUAAUGAAAAAGGUGACGUUUUCCCGAUUUUCGCAGGUGGUAUUCUUGGUUUAGGUGCUGCACUUCUCUGGACGGGCCAAGGCGCAAUUAUGAUGUCGUAUCCUACCGAAUCUGAUAAAGGAAAAUUUAUCGGUAUUUUUUGGGCUAUUUUUAGUCUAGGUGGUGUGUUUGGUUCAAUUGUUCCAAUCGCUUUAAAUUGGAAUUCCACGGCCGGUUCAGUAAAUGAUGGAACUUAUAUUGGAUUCACGAUUCUUAUGGGAUUAGGAGCAUUAUUAUGCCUAACUUUACUUCCACCAAGCAAAGUAGUUCGUGAUGAUGGAAAACAUAUUAAUAUAAAAAAGUUUCCAAAUUGGAAGGAAGAAAUAAUAGGAGUUUUAAAAUUAUUUUUGGACUGGAAGAUUAUUCUUCUUACACCAAUGUUUUUAGCAAGCAAUUGGUAUUACGCGUAUCAGUUUAAUGCUGUAAACGCCUUUUAUUUCAAUAUUCGUACAAGAUCCUUUAACAAUCUAUGGUAUUGGGCUGUUCAAAUCUUAAGUGCCACAAUUUUCGGUAGAUUCCUCGAUGUAAACAAUUUAUCACGAAAGACUCGUGGAAUUUAUGGAUUAUUAAUCAUUGCAAUUACAAUAACUGCGAAUUGGAUUGGUGGAUUAUUUUUUCAAUUAACUUUUAAACGUACUGAUCAAAUAACUCAAAAGGACAUAUUUGAUUCGGGAUUUAUCGAAGUAUUAAUACUUUAUACAUUUUAUGGAAUGAAUGAUGCUAUGUAUCAAUGUUAUGCAUAUUGGGUCAUGGGAGCUCAAACAAACGAUGUGUCUUUAUUGUCAAAAUAUGCAGGGUAUUAUAAAUCUAUUCAAUCAGCGGGGGGAGCAAUAAGCUUUAGAAUUGAUGCUGUGAAUACGAACUUUUUAGUUGAACUUUUAAUAUGCUGGGUACUUUUGACAAUUUCAAUUCCUUGUACAUACAUUGUAAUAUUAGGGAUUAAAGAUACAAGUGAUGACGAUAUUACAUCAAAUGGAUAA